AUGAAGGCUAACUAUGCUUUGUACUAUCAGGGCUACCUAUUUGACUCUACUUUCCUAUUCCCUCAUGUCAGUGUGAAGGUCAGACAUAGAGGCUAAUGUUGUGGUUGUUGGUCCCUGCUUCCUCUCUCAUCAGGUGAUCUAUGACCUAGGAGCCACCUUCAUCACCAUCUUGCUGGUGUGGGCUGCCUGCGCUGGCCUCGUCUUUAUCAACUGCUUCUUCAAUUGGCCCCUGGAGCCCUUCCCUGGACCUGAGGAUAUGGACUACACGUAAGACACACACUAAACAUCACACUCCUUAACAUAAAAUGAGUUAGCUUUUUUAGUUAUUAUUAGUUUUACAGCAUAUUUUCAUUCCUGGUAACCUAAAAAUAGCAGACAUCCCUGUAACCUAAUAUUAGUUUAGUAUUACUAGUAUUUGCUACUUAUAUAAUUAAUGAUGUGAUAUAACUUAUAUUAUUAGUUACAGUAUAACAUUAGUUAUAACCUAAUAGACAGACAGUUCCUAAUAUUAGCCAACAAUAACAGGUUUAGUGGAUAAUACUAGGCUACUUAAGUUGGAGUAGGAAUAUUAAGGCCUUCCAUAGAGUCUCCAUUCUCCUUGGAGCUCAGAACACUACAUCCCCCAGCACACAUUCCUCUGCAGCAUGGCAAAGGCUUGAGGCCCUGUGUACAGGAAAGCUAAUGAGAUGAGGAGCUCAACUGGCUUUGCUCUCAUUCACCUGGAUUUAGUCUCAUCCUUACCUUUUUUUUGUCCCUUCCCCCGCUCCCUCUCUCUCUCUCUCUUCUCUCUCCUCAAUCCCGCUCUCUCUCUCUCUCCAUCUCCCUCUCUCUCUCUCCCCUCUCUCUCUCUCUCUCUCUCUAUCUCUCUCUCUCUCUCACCCGCUCUCUCCUCUUCUCGUCUCCCUCAUCUCUCUCAGUGUGGUUCAAGUUCGCUGGCUGGGCUCUCUUUCGACCAUAAGAUCACUCCCGUUCUACUCCCUCAGUGUGAAGAUCAAGUUCAGCUGGCUGGGCUUUGACCAUAAGAUCACUGGAAAGCAGUUCUACCGCCAGGUGACCACGGUGGGGAGACGACUUAGCGUGGGGAACAGCAUGAAGCAAAACCCCAAGGAUCUGGCCCAACAGGAGGGCAACAAGCUGUGUCUCUCCACCGUUGACCUGGAGGUCCAGUGCAAGUCCCAGGAGGAAUGUAAGUGUCUAGCCAGGCCACAUCUGUUCAUCCCAGACCAGAGAACAUGAUGCAUUUGAUGUCUUUCAGAUGGAGAGUAGGAAAAUAAAUAAUGUGCACACUGUGAGUGUGAUGGGGUUCAUUCUCUAAAUGGAUUUGCCAUAAUGGAUUUCAAGCUCUGUACCUCCACAAAUCCAUACUCCAUAAGGCCAAAACAAAGGACAUGUCUGCCAGAAACCUGUCUGAUGUAAAAAGACCCACAAAAACUGUCCAGCCACUUCACCAACACAACUUCCUGCUCCAUCCAUGCUGUAGAAUUUAGAUAAUAGAUCCAACACAACAAUACAAAGGAUCAUUGUAGCCCUGCUUAAUGGGUAAACAGAGGUAAACAGUCGACCAUAUGCUAGAUCUGGGCCUGUAUCUUGUACUGAUCUAGAAUCAGGUCCCCCCUUUUUCAUAUAAUAAUCUUUUUUAUGAUAUAAUAGGCUAAACUGAUCCUAGAUAUAGGCCCAGAUCUAGCAUAUGGUCGACUGUACCUCUAUGAUGGAUUGCUAUUCCAAAAAGCGGAUUGCUAUUCCAUACUCUACAACUCUUUGUAAAUACGGGCUCUGACUGCAUUGGUGCAAUGUUGAUGUUUCAGAGUGGGCUCACCACCAGCCAGUGUUUUGGUCCCAGCCGCCAGCUUGUCUGAGGGAGCGCUGUCAUUGGCUCUGAGGUCACCAAGGCCAUCCUCCCUCUCCCAAAUUAAGUCCUGCAAACGCACAACUGGCUGUGCACUUUGCCUUCACUAACCCAGAUCUGUACACUGCAAUUAGCCACAAACCUCCAAAACACCCUCAAAUCAGCCAUGUGUCCCCUCCUCGCCUCUGCUGUGCCCCCUCCGUGCCCCCUCUCUCCCUCGGGCUCGGCCUAAGGGUCACAAACUCCCAGCGGGGCACCCUGUGGUUCUCUGCAGGCUCUCUUUGGUACCAAACCGACCGUGCAAUCGAUUCGGACCGCAUUCCAAGAAGUGCUGCUCGGGUGGCGGUGGUGAGACCGGGCCAGAGGGCAGGUAGCAGUCAGUAAGGGUCCUGGGGGGGGUCAUUAUACACACAGGAUGGAUGCCCGUGGUUCUGUAACCCUGCUGGACAAAUUCCACGUAUCAGGAGGUUUUCAAGGGGCCGCUUGCUAACUCCCCAUGCCUCUCUUUCUCUUUUGUCUCUUUCUGUCUCUCUCUCUCUCUCUUUCUCUCUCUCUCUCUCUCUCUCUCGCUCUCUCUCUCUCUUUCUGUCUUUCUCUUCUCUCCUCUCUCUCUCUCUCUCUCUCUCUCUCUCCUCUCUCUCUCUCUCUCUCUCUGUCUUCUCUGGUCUUUCUCUGUCUCUCUUCCUCUCUCUCUCUCUCUCUCUCUCUCUUCUCUCUCUCUCUCUCUCUCUCUCUCUCUCUAUCGCUCUCUAUCUCUCUCUCUUUAUCUCUCUGUGUUUGCCCACUCAUCAUUCUGAUGCAUGUGAUGGUGGUGAUUUAUUUGGUUGUUAGGAGUUUUUUCCUUUUCAAAGGAGACUCACUGAAAAAUAAUUUAUCCCUCUGGGGAUGCUGCCUGGGACCUCUUUUGUGGAUCGGUUCUUAUAUCAACCAACCCAUUACGAGACUGUUUUGUGUUUAAGUAAACACUGGUCAUGACGACUAUUGAUCCCGGUGUGUCCUUACAAGUGUGGUCACAUAGUGUGCCAGUCAAGAAUGUAGGAUCAGAUCCCCCCCCUCUUAUUAAUUAUGAUCUGCAAGACAAAACUGAUCCCAGAUCCUACUGUGAGACACUUUGUGAAUAAUAUUCUAAAACAUAUUAUGGGUCCAGGACACAGGGGAGUCCCAGUGUUAUAGAUGGAGACAGACUGUUAGAACCACCUGCUCUCAUGUACCAGCCUCUAAGCCCCUUGUCCAGCCAGUAUGUCAGCUAUGGUCCAGUCUCCAGAGCAUUGGGCAGAUACCUGCAGCACUGGGUAAUAAACGCUGGACACAUCUGUGGCGUGACCAUUAAGACUUUUCCACUGCCCUGCCGCUGCUUUUACAGCUUUGAGAUCAGUAGAUGAUUAACGGACCAUGGCCCCUGGCCCCUUGCUUACAGCACGGGCCUCCACAUGUUACCUUGCCAUCCAGGGACCCAUGGACAAUUUAGACUUCGAGCUUCCCUAUUUCCCUACCUCCAUGUUAAUUCUGAGGUGAAGCAUCUUGCCCUGGUAGUUUUCCAUCACAGCAUGUGGAGGAAAUGAAAGAAGGCCUAUCCUGUACAGUACAGACAGUAAAACCUCACUCCAAUCUGAUAAUAAAUAUUAUAAUCCUGUGUAUUAUCCAAUAAUAAAUCAAGUUAGCUAAAUAGCUAGCAUUCUGAGAUUUAAUGCAGCAUCACAGUUUAACCUUCAGCUUUACUGGAGUGAAUGGUAAGGUACCGUGUUCUGUUGUUGUUGUUAAUCUGUCUCUCCUCCUGUGUCUCCACAGCCCAGUCCUUCAUGAAGAGUGUCUUAAGCCCUAUCUUCAUGCUCAGCCUGAUCACCAUGUGUGUCACCCAGCUGAGACUUAUCUUCUACAUGGGAGCCAUGAACAACAUCCUUGAGUCACUGUCCGACAGAGACUUCAGCACAGGUGUGUGUGUGCGUGCGUGUGUGUCUUGAAAAUGUGUCUUGAACAUGGACAUGAAAAGUUAUCAAUCCCUUGUAGUGUUCAUAUAGUAGUUUACUGGACAAUUAGUCACAUGAUUGCUAUUUUGUCAUUCUAGCAAUCUUGUAACCUCCUUUGUAAUCUCUCCAACCUGGAGUUGUUUCACACUGCCCUUAUUUCUGUCUCUGAAUUGCUUCGGCUAAUUAUUCUUGGUCUGUCUCUCUUCCUCUUCCUCUUCCUCUUCCUCUUCCUCUUCCUCUUCCUCUUCCUCUUCCUCUUCCCCUUCCUGUUCCUGUCACACUGACUUCUUACUGCCUCUGCAGCGGAGAAGAUGGAAGUAGGUAAGACUUCAGGCUAGAUUAGAUGAGCACAGAGUCCAUCUAUUCCCCUCUCUGCCUCUGACAUUGAUUCACUUUGACUUAAGACUCUGGAUAACCUCAUGAAUCAUAACCUAAACUGCAACCCUGUCCAUUUUGCUGUAAACACCAUGCUAUUUUGAUGGAGUGUAAGCUUUGGAGGCAAUAGUCCUGGGGGGGAAUAACAUGUCUCUGUCUCUCCUGCCGUUCACAGUGAGUGUGUACACCUCCAUUUUCGGAGUGCUGCAGCUGCUGUGUCUGAUGACCGCUCCAGUGAUCGGGUACAUCAUGGACUGGAAACUCAAAGAGUGUGAGGAUGAGAACGCGAAGCCGGGCACAAGGUGAGUUUCACAUGCACGAACGCACCCAAGCUCGCACACACAAACACACACACAUAGACACACACACACACACUCCAAGAGCAUUCCCCUGCCUCCCAGAUACUCCCCUAGUAUCCACAAGACAUUUGUAUUUCAUAUGUAUAACCAGAGAGUAUAAGUGUAUACAGUUGAAGUCAGAAGUUUACAUACACUUAGGUUGGAGUCAUUAAAACUAGUUUUUCAACCACUCCACAAAUGUAUUGUUAACAAACUAUAGUUUUGGCAAGUCGGUUAGGACAUCUACUUUGUGCAUGAUACAAUUAAUUUUUCCAACAAUUGUUUACAGACCGAUUAUUUCACUUAUAAUUCACUGUAUCACAAUUACAGUGGGUCAGAAGUUUACAUACACUAAGUUGACUGUGCCUUUAAAGAAGCUUCUGAUAGGCUAAUUGACAUCAUUUGAGUCAAUUGGAGGUGUACCUGUUGAUGUAUUUCAAGGCCCACCUUCAAACUCAGUGCCUCUUUGCUUGACAUCAUGGGAAAAUCAAAAUAAAUCAGCCAAGACCUCAGAAAAAAAAUUGUAGACCUCCACAAGUCUGGUUCAUCCUUGGGAGCAAUUUCCAAAAGCCUGAAGGUACCACGUUCAUCUGUGCAAACAAUAGUACGCAACUAUAAACACCAUGGGACCACGCAGCUGUCAUACCCCUCAGGAAGGAGACACGUUCUGUCUCCUAGAGAUGAACGUACUUUGGUGGGAAAAGUGCAAAUCAAUCCCAGAACAACAGCAAAGGACCUUGUGAAGAUGCUGGAGGAAACAGGUACAAAAGUAUCUAUAUCCACAGUAAAACGAGUCCUAUAUCGACAUAACCUGAAAGGCCGCUCAGCAAGGAAGAAGCCACUGCUCCAAAACCGCCAUAAAAAAGCCACACCACGGUUUGCAACUGCACAUGGGGACAAAGAUCGUGCUUCUUGGAGAAAUGUCUUCUGGUCUGAUGAAACAAAAAUAGAACUGUUUGGCCAUAAUGACCAUCGUUAUGUUUGGAGGAAAAAGGGGGACGCUUGCAAGCCGAAGAACACCAUCCCAACCGUGAAGCACGGGGGUGGCAGCAUCAUGCUGUGGGUGUGCUUUGCUGCAGGAGGGACUGGUGCAUUUCACAAAAUAGAUUGCAUCAUGAGGAAGGAAAAUUAUGUGGAUAUAUUGAAGCAACAUCUCAAGAUAUCAGUCAGGAAGUUAAAGCUUGGUCGCAAAUGGGUCUUCCAAAUGGACCAUGACCCCAAGCAUACUUCCAAAGUUGUGGCAAAAUGGCUUAAGGACAACAAAGUCAAGGUAUUGGAGUGGCCAUCACAAAACCCUGACCUCAACCCUAUAGAAAAUGUGUGGGCAGAACUGAAAAAGCGUGUGCGAGCAAGGAGGCCUACAAACCUGACUCAGUUACACCAGCUCUGUCAGGAGGAAUGGGCCAAAAUUCACAUAACUUAUUGUGGGAAGCUUGUGGAAGGCUACCUGAAACGUUUGACCCAAGUUAAACAAUUUAAAGGCAAUGCUACCAAAUACUAAUUGAGUGUAUGUAAACUUCUGACCCACUGGGAAUGUGAUGAAAGAAAUAAAAGCUGAAAUAAAUAAUUCUCUCUACUAUUAUUCUGACAUUUCACAUUCUUAAAAUAAAGUGGUGAUCCUAACUGACCUAAGACAGGGAAUUUUUACUAGGAUUAAAUGUCAGGAAUUGUGAAAAACUGAGUUUAAAUGUAUAUGGCUAAGGUGUUUGUAAACUUCCGACUUCAACUGUAUUUAACAUAUGAUGUCCCCUCUGAUAGAGACCUUACCCAGCCCAAGCGUCGUGACAGACAGAUCCAGAAGAUCACCAACGCCACGCGGGCCUUCGUCUUCACCAACCUGCUACUGAUGGGCUUUGGGGUCACCUGCCUCGUCCCCAGCCUCCCUCUCCAAGUAACUCAUCCCUCUGUUUCCUCUCCUCCAUCUCUCGCUCUCUUUCCUAUCCUCUAAGAGCUGUGGAGAAGCACACAUUUCACAUUUCACUGCGUGUAUCCCAGUGUUUUGUAAAGCCCUCCUAGACCCAAAGGGAGAAAUCUUGGUGCAGUGAAAGAAAGAGGGAGAGGGACUCACAUGUUAUUGCAGCUGAUCCAUUGUUUAAUGCAACAGUGUCCUCUGGUGGACAGAAGUGUCAUUAGAAGUUAUGCAAGUUAUUUACAACCCAGUUCUGGGAACAUCUCUGUCAAGCCAUUAUUUAUUAAACAUGGACUCCAUUUUAGGAGGAAGGGACACGGCACCAUGCGUGCCCUGGGCCUGUAGAUUCUACAACACAUCAUGUUGAACUAUUUGUUUUUCUCCUUUCUUCUCUGCUCUCAGAUUCUAUCGUUUAUUCUACACACCAUUGUGAGAGGAUUCAUCCACUCUGCGGUUGGAGGGCUGUAUGCUGCUGUGUAAGUGUCUCAGGAGUGUGUGUGUGUGCGUGUGUGCGCAGUCCCCUCCACACAAGCACCUUAUGCUGGUUGUCCUCCUUAGGUACCCGUCGUCUCAGUUUGGCAGUCUUACAGGCAUGCAGUCCCUCAUCAGCGCCCUGUUCGCCCUGCUGCAGCAGCCCCUCUUCAUGGCCAUGAUGGGCCCCCUGAAGGGAGACCCCCUAUGGGUAAGAGAGCAACGACCUUUCACCCUUCCCAGAGCUUACACAAAUUACAGCACGCCUAUUGCUCACUAAUGUUGAAGACCCAAGUAUACUAAUGUGCUAUAAGCAUAAUGCUGCAAAGGCUACUGUAUUUGAGUGAUGUGUAGCAGCCACCUUGUUCUAACGUAAUCUGCCCAGAGUACACGGAAAAGCACAUGCUACUGUCUCGAUAUGAAAACAACAGAGCCGUUUGCUCCUUUCUUCUGACUGAUGAUGUAACUUCCUGUGUGGGGUUGUGUGCAGGUUAACGUGGGCCUGCUGGGGCUGACGGUGCUGGGCUUCUGCCUGCCUCUCUACCUGCUCUGCUACAGCCGCCAGCUCCAACGCAAGAAGCAGGAGCGCGAUGAGGACUCCAAGAUCUACGUCCAGAUCAACAACGGCAGCAAGCCCGAGGCCUUCGUCUAG